AUGGACUUUCAGAUCAUAGCCGCCGGUGUGAUAGGAAUCUUGGCGACAGCUUUUUUACUUGUAAGCUGUUAUGUUUUGGUUAAUAAAUGUAGGCGCGGAAACGACGUUCUUGACAGAGUGACCUCAUCGGGACGGUUAAGCAACGACCAUGAUGACCAUUUCAUGUUUUAUUCACCAGAGUUCAGAACCAGCGGAGAAGGAGAAGAGAAGCUCUCUCAAAAAUGCUCUGCCUAUUGUGUCGACCCAAAAAAUGUCAAUUGCCCUCUCUGCCAAACUAGGUUUUCUUGUGAGUCAAGUGUUCAUGCGGAUGAGAUUACUGCUCCCAACAAUUCCCCAGUGAAUGUGUUGCACACCGUCGUGAUUAGAAGCGAGGAUGAGUAUGAGAUCAUUGAGAUGGGUAUAUGGAACGGUAAUAGCACCAGUAGUGAUGAGAUAGUCUAA